AUGGCUGCCCAAUAUCUUGCAAAGAAUAGCAAAUUAUUUAUAAAUGAAGGUAUACAAGUAAAUGAUGCUUUUCUUGAUACAUACACAGACAAAAUGGGUAACAAUUUGUUGUAUGAGCCCAAAUGCAUGAAUGAACAAGGUGACCAAAGUGAUACUGAUCAAGAUUUUGUCUCCUCUUCUCCUGUCCUUGAGAAUGAAAAGGAUAAGGUAAACAAUAACAAUAAGCAACAUGAUUUUGAAAACAGAAGUAAAGACUUUAUUAGUUCUAAAACAUCUGACAAUAAUUCUGAUGAUAACUGGUGUGAAAUUGAAGAGCGUCCGGCCCCAGUAAUGGAUACAUUGCUAGUUGAACCUGACACAGUUCAAGAUAGUGAAUUAGUGUUUAACUUUGCACCUGGGGAGGAUAAUAAACCAUUAG